GCGUCACCCGCGCCAGAACCGGAAAAGCUCUGAUAGCAUUCGGCUGAAAACACAGGCAGCUCCACUGGAAGAUUGAUCAAAAAUCAUCUCAGUCGGACUCUCUGAUCGAUUACAGGUGAAUGAUCGAGGAUCAGCACUCGACUGCAGACUCGCGUCGAUCGGAAAACACGCGAUGGAUGACAGUAAAAUGGUUGCUGGAAAAGUGAAGAAACCCGGCAAGCGCGGCCGCAAACCUGCCAAGAUCGACCUGAAGGCCAAGCUGGAGAGAAGCCGGCAGAGCGCCAGAGAGUGUCGCGCCAGGAAGAAGCUGCGCUACCAGUAUCUGGAGGAGCUGGUGUCCAGUAAGGAGAGGGCCAUCUGUGCGCUGCGCGAGGAGCUGGAUAUGUACAAGCAGUGGUGUCUGGCCAUGGACCAGGGGAAGAUCCCGUCCGAGAUCAAAGCCCUCCUGACCGGAGACGAGCAGAAAGCGCCGCAGAGCUCCAGCAACAAGGUCCCCAAGAACGGCAAGUUCGGCUCCAGCGGAAACAGCCAGAGCAAGACGUGUUAGAAUCUGAACAGUGUUGAUCCUGUAUGUUCACUCACAGUGUUUAUCUGUCGUUUCAUUCACAUUAAUGUGGCAGUUCAGACAGAGAGGUAUGCCUCAUGCGGACGUGAUUCACGUUCAGGUUGUUGUGUGAUUCGUAAACAUUUCCUCUUCCUUCAUAUAUUUAUUCUGGAACCGUUCUGGUACCAAAUCACUUGUGAUGAGAGGAAGGAUUCCCGCGUUCCUGAGUUCAAUCUGUGGAACCCUGGAUAAAAAAAACUACUUUUUAUUUCAUGAUUCAGCCUUUUGUCCUCACAAUUUUACAUUUACAUUUAGCAGACGCUUUUAUCCAAAGUGACUUACAUUGCAUUCAGGCUAACAU